GCCGAAUUUCAUCAACAAAACUUGCCCAAGGACAUGGCACAUACGGAGAGUGAACAUGGGGGUGAAUUUCCCUGGGAGAUCGGGGUUUUCGAUGCCCAUUGCCAUCCGACCGACACAAUGUCGUCGAUUGCUGAGAUCCCUCGAAUGAAAGCCACCACUCUCACGGUCAUGGCCACGCGUGGUGAGGACCAGGAUUUGGUGCUACAGACUGCUGCAACUCUCUCGGAUAGGCAAACAGCUAUCAAUGGCUCCGACACUGGACGUGUCCUGCCUUGCUUCGGCUGGCACCCGUGGUUUUCGCAUCAAAUCAUCGACGAUACUCCCGAAUCCUCCGAUCCCGCUAUACCCUCGGAAUCCGAAAGAAAGAAGGCGCAUUAUCGCAAGGUGCUUACUCCAUCGCCGGAUGACGAAUUCAUCUCAACCCUUCCGGAGCCAAAACCGUUAUCUCAGCUCAUCUCGGAAACACGAUCCCGUUUGACAGGGCACCCCCUGGCACUUGUCGGUGAAGUUGGUCUGGACCGGGCUUUUAGACUGCCCAACUCUUGGAAGCCUCAAGAUAUUGAGAAUCGCGAUGCGGGAAUGACCCCAGGAUCCCGUGAGGGUCGCAGGUUGUCUCCUCAUCGAGUACAGCCGGAGCAUCAAAAGGCCAUUCUGAAGGCGCAGCUUGAACUAGCCGGAGAGCUUCGACGACCCGUCUCUGUCCACAGUGUUCAGGCGCACGGGGCCGUAUUCGAUCUUUUCAAAACCCUGUGGGCUGGUCAUGAACGGAAGCUGCAGUCGCGACGAGAGAGGCAACGACGCCGCAGUGUCGCUGACGCACACGCGGAUAGCGAGACGGAGGAAGAGGCGAAACAAGCAUCACCCCAGCCAGAACCCUCUCUUCCAUUUCCCCCACGGAUCUGUAUGCAUUCGUAUUCCGGGCCAGUGGAUCCCGUCAAGCAAUUUUUACAUGCGUCCAACCCAUCGGAUGUUUAUUUCUCCUUUUCCACCGUGAUCAAUUUCAGCGGACCCUCGGCCCAGAAAGUUAUAGAUGUCAUCAAAGCCCUGCCGGACGACCGAAUUCUGAUAGAAAGUGACUUGCAUACUGCCGGACCUCAGAUGGAUGAUCUCCUGGAGCAAGUGGCACGACAGAUCUGCGAGUUGCGUGGAUGGACGUUACGGCAGGGGGUGCAGCAGUUGGCGGACAAUUGGAGGCGAUUUGUGUACGGUGAGGCGUGCCAUGCAUAGGACUAUUAUAUACCUACCUACCUAGUAUAUACCUACCUAGUAUAUACCUACUCUUGUAUAUAGUGCAAUGAUAUGCAAUCGUG